UGCUCCCAGUCAACGCAAGCAGGUCGAUUCUUGACUGAUAUACGUAUUAUCGACAUUGCUCUCAUCACCGCUAGAUGGAGUUUGUUGAAUCUCUAUAAAUUGACUUGCAGUCUCACUUACUAUCAGAAAACUUGUAGCCAUGGACAUACUAAUGCGAGCUUGCUUCUUUUUAUCACUUGUGCUCUGCAGUUUGGCACAGCCAGAUUUGGAACUUUUAAAGAAUAUGACUAGAACGGAGGACUUCCUUCAACUCAUGAGGAAAAAUGGCCGACCAGUAACCUUAUCAGAAAUCAUCAAUUCUGAUGAAGCUAGGGAACAUGUUGGUGGAGAGUUGAGCAUGUCUGAUUUAGCCCAGUACGAUUACUGCUCUCCUAGAUACCAAUGUGUAGUCAUACCACGAUAUACCGACCCCAACGUUAUUUACUACCCACCGUGUACUCGGGUGUUACGCUGUGGAGGGUGUGCUCCAUCUGAGGUCCUUACCUGUGCGCCCAAACAAACCAGCGUAAAGCACGUUGUGGUCUUUAAGUCAACAAUUCCAUACCCAGGGUCCCCCAGCACUGACUAUGAGGGCUUACAACUAGUAAACAUCACCCAGCAUGAUUCUUGUGAACCAACAUGCACUGUAAAGCCAUAUCACUGUAAUCCCCUUCAGUCCUUUAUAGCGCGUGAAUGCCGGUGCAUGUGUACCAAUAGAGGAAGCGUACGGUGUGCACCAAACCAAGUUUGGGACGAAGACACAUGCAGUUGUAAAUGCGCUCAGACGAUUGAUAACUGCCCGGGGUUUUCACGCUUCAGUGACAGUACCUGUGGAUGUGAGCUGCGACAAGGCGUUUCUGGAAUGACUGACGAGGAAAUCAGGAACCUCCUAGAGCUGGCCGCACAGGUGACCACCCCGGCCCCUACCACUGCCGCCCCGACUCUACCGCCGCUGGUCCUGAAUUUCCCUAACGCCCCCUGUCGACCAUUGGUGCCGUGUCCAGCGGGAACCACCCCUAAAAUUUCGACCAUCAACGGGCGUUGUCAGUGCAUGCUUCAGUUCAGUUUCCCACGUCUGCCCCAGCUAAGGCGCAGACGACAAGCGCUUGAGAGAAGACGACUGUUGAGAAAUGCAGGGCGGGUGUAGAAGUUGAUGCAUGAUUUGCACUUCUAGGCUCAUUCAUGAUAAGAAUGUAAAUAAAUGAUCAAAGUAUCAUGGCAGAACAGACGUUGAGAUUAUGAUAAAAUCUUAUUUGUUGUUCAGUCUGAAUUUUGUUUUCAACAUAUUGUUCAAUUUGCACAUUGAAAAAAAGUGAUUCCAACUGUUUGUAUAUGUCAAUUUUACUCUUGUAAACUAAUAUAGUACAAUUGAAACACACUGAUAAUUCAGAAUUUUGCUUGCAAGUGUGAUAUAUAUUAUAAUCAAAUUGUUUAGAUUUUGGGAGCAGAGAUUACUUUGUUGACAAGUAAAUCGGUACAAAGCGACACAAAGUGGAGUUAUUAGGAAUUAACCUUUUGCAUAGUUCUGUUUUUGUACAAAUAAACAAUAUAACAAUGGCA